AUGGCCAAACGUGAGAUUGACAACAUUCCAGGAAUUCAUCCACGACCUGUUGAGAUGCAAGUGUUAUGUCUAGGUCUUUCACGUACCUCCACGAUGACAAUGUACACCGCUUUGAAUAAGCUGGGCUAUAGAUGUUAUCACUUCUUGGAGUUAGCACACCGGAACAAGGAGAACAUGAAGCUCCGUCACGUUAUUUGUUGGUUAGAGGCGCUGAGAUACAAGGUGCUUGGCAUCGGCGAGCCAUACUAUCCAGCGGACUUUGAUAAACUUCUGCAAGGGUAUAGUGCCCUUAGUGACAUGCCAUGCGUCAAUUUCUCUGAUGAAAUGCUGGCGGCCUUUCCAAAUGCUAAGGUAGUUCUUACUAGCCGCGAACCAGUCGCAUGGGUAAAGUCAUUCGAUAGCUCAAUUUAUAGAGUUUUGGAAUGGCUAGUUUGGCCCUUUUUACGAUUUAUCGAUCCUGAAGGAAUGGGCGCUGUACAUGAAACCAUGCGUCUUGCAAUUACCGACUACACUUCUCCUAAACCAUGGACAGAUCGCGAAGCGCUUGCCGCUCAUAUGUCGAAACAUGUCGAGCAUAUUCGUUCCGUAGUUCCUCCAGAAAACCUUCUAGAAUUUCAUCCUAGCGAUGGCUGGGAGGUUUUAUGCAGAUUUCUCGGGAAAGAAGUCCCAAAGGAACCUUUUCCAUACAUAAAUAAAGGGAACUUCACAGCCAAUGUUUUCAAACUUGUUCUUGUCCUGAAAACCAUCAAUAUAUGUGGGCCAUAUUUUAUCGCGUUGGGGGUGGGCUAUCUAGCUUGGACAUGGUAUGGGCGAUUUUGA